AGACCAAACAGUCACCAAGUCACUGGGAUGGAUAGCAAGAAGGUGGAAGAGACUCCAUUGCAUCCUGUGACACACGUUCUUAAUUAGAAUCCCUUCGAACCAAACACAAUAUUUCAAAACAUUUUUUUUCAUUCUAAAACCUUCUUAAUUUUUCCAUUCAACCAAACACGACCUUAAAUGUUCUCCAUGAAUCCUCUGAAAACUUAUCAACAUUCUUCUUCCUUCUUCUUCUCCAUUUCCAAAGCUCACACCACACUUCACACUCACACCUCUCUUCACCAUAGCUUUCUCUCUCUUCCAUCUCCUGCACCCAGUUUUCCUUUCAGAAUCAAACCCCCAUUAUCUCUCUCCCCUCUUUCUUUUCCAACAUCCUCCAAUCUUCUCAGGGUUUCAAAUAUUGGAGUGCCAGUUUUCAGUAGUGAAGAACAUCAUGGAGAAGAAGAAGACAACAAUGAAGUUUCGCCAGACUUAUCGCCAAACGGCCUAGUGUUCCAGAAAACACUGCAACUGGUUGAGUGCUCCAUGUUUGCUGCACUCACUGGUUUGGUCUACUUCUUGAGCAAUUCACUUGCCAUUGAGAAUUACUUUAGUUGUUUCUUCUCCUUGCCGAUAGUGAUAUCCUCAAUGAGAUGGGGUGUUGAUGCUGGAAGGAAAACUCUGGUGUCAACAACUAUACUUUUGUUUGUCUUGUCCGGUCCAGUAAAAGCUCUGACCUAUCUGCUUAAGCAUGGUAUAGUCGGUUACACGAUGGGUACGUUGUGGAGGUUGGAAACGAGUUGGAACCUGUCAAUUUUCUUGUGCACAAUUGUACGAGCACUUGGUUCUGUUGGCUUUGUCCUAGUUACAUCUUUCUUGAUAAGGGAAAAUAUACUGGCUUUGAUCACUAUUAACAUUCAUGCUUCUCUUACAUUCGUGCUCACUGCUGCUGGUGUUAAUUCUAUUCCUUCAAUGAACGUCAUUUAUACCCUAUUUGGCACUUUGGUCUUGAUCAACUGUGGGUGUUUUAUGUUCCUGCUCCACAUGCUGUAUUCAGUUUUCCUUACUAGAAUGGGGAUGAAGUCUUCACUAAAAUUGCCAAGAUGGUUGGAGAGAGCCAUCUGAUGCCAUAUUAUGUAUUCAAAUGUGCUGUAAAAUUUCCAAUUAGCAUCUCAUUCCUCUCUUAUGGGUUUUGGGAAGAAAUAGUUAGCUGAGGUUGUAUAUUAUUUACCAAUGGCAUAGUAAUUCAACAUACUACACACAUUUUUUUUUGUCAAGACAGAUUAAAAGGUAAUUCACCAACAAAAA